UGUGUUAAAUGAACAGUUACUGUUUGUUGACCAUAGAGCAGAGAUGUAAACAUGGCACUGUCCUUUACUCGAAAGAUAUCCAUGCAUCCGUAGCACUGACGUUAAUAAUGAACAACUUUUGGUCUUCUUGCAUUAAUUUAACAGAGGCGUUAAUAAUCCAGAAGAGUCAUCGGUUUGGUCCAAACACUCUGUUAUUUCACCUGUCUCUGGGCUGAUAAGCUGCAGUCCAAGUGCUUAGCCAGCAAUGGGCGGGUGUAGUGAGACGGGGCAUGCCCGGGCAUGAUCACAGAGACCCAGACAAAUCAACAAAGAGCGUCUACUACCGCUAGGCGUCUGAAGCCAGUCACGGUGACAUGUCAUGCUAGAUCCCUCCCUGGACAUGAUGAUCGGUGCGGUGGAUUCUAGCCCUGACAUGUCUCUGUGCGUCUGUUUAAAACAGAGAACCGGCUCUCAACCGGCUCUCACUCCACACUAACCCAGAGCUCAGGCACUUUAUGUACAGGUAGCAGAGUAUAUAUAGAAGAUUUUUAGCUAGAAUAGCCAAUUUACCUCUAUUUGCACAGAUAACUACCAAAAUGGGAACAGAAAGUUGUUUAAGCAGUUCUCAGAUCAACAAGGUUGACAACGAAAAACUGGUAAGACCAAAAGCGCAGCUGAAAAGCCUGUUAGAGGAUGCAGGUGCAGAUAAAGAGGUUUUCACCAUGAAGGAGGUUAUGUUUUAUUUAGGGAAGUAUAUCAUGAGCAAGGAGUUGUACGACAAGCAGCAGCAACACAUUGUUCAUUGUGGAGAGGAUCCUCUUGGUGCUGUUCUCGGGGUGAAAAGCUUCUCCGUCAAAGAGCCCCGAGCUCUCUUUGCAUUGAUAAACAGAAACCUUAUUACAGUGAAAAAUCCAGAUACUCAUUCUACCUUCUCUGAACCCAGAAGUCUAAGUGAACCAGAUCGAGGGCCCGGGGACACUGAUUCAGACUCUCGCUCAUCUACCUCACAGCAGCAGCGCAGGAGGAGGAGAAGCAGUGAUCCUGAGAGUACUUCAGCUGAAGACGAGCCCAGGGAACGCAGAAAGAGGCACAAGUCAGACAGCUUCUCCCUGACAUUUGAUGACAGCCUGUCUUGGUGUGUGAUUGGCGGCCUGCACCGGGAGAGGGGGAACAGUGAGUCUUCGGACGCACAAAGCAACUCUGAUGUAGGUAUCUCUCACAGUGAGGGCAGUGAUGAAAGUGUGGACUCAGACUCUGACUCUGAUAACUUCAGUGUGGAGUUUGAGGUGGAGUCCAUAGACUCUGAUGCCUACAGUGAGAACGAUGAGGAUUCAUUGCCAGGAGAGAACGAGGUGUAUGAAGUCACAAUCUUUGCUGAGGAGGAAGAUUCGUUUGAUGAGGAUACCGAGAUAACCGAAGCAGACUACUGGAAGUGUGCCGAAUGUAACGAGCUCAACCCUCCUCUUCCUCGGAAUUGCAAAAGCUGCUGGAAAGUCCGACCUGGUUGGCUUCCAGAAACACACUCCAACAGUGAAAACACCUCCACUAACACUCAACCCAGCACAGAAGACGGCAGCAUCACCACAACUCCCAGCUCAGCCUCAAACGACAAACUGCUUCCUACCAAACCCUCAAGCCCUCUUCCAGAAACAGACGAAGGAGUGGACGUCCCCGACGGCAAGUGCUCGCAAUCUCCCGUCGUCGCUAAAGACGAAUUAAUCUCCUCCACUGCCUCCGGCUCCAUAACUGAAUCUCAGAUCUCAUCAUCGCAGCCCUCAACCUCUUCUGGUGGGGGCAGCAGCCAGGAAGAGACCCCCGAGCUAGAGCGCUACAACAGCCUGGAGGCCUGCCUGCCCGCCACCUGCCUUGAGCCCUGCGUCAUCUGUCAAAGUCGCCCCAAGAACGGCUGCAUUGUCCACGGAAGAACUGGACACCUUAUGGCUUGCUACACUUGCGCCAAGAAAUUAAAGAACCGGAACAAGUUGUGUCCGGUGUGCCGAGAGCCCAUUCAGUCAGUUGUGUUGACCUACAUGAGCUGAGGCACAACAGAUAUACCUCCUCUCCUCUCACAUGAAGUUCAGGGUGCUUAUGUUGCCUGAUCUUAUAGUUCUAAAACCUAUGAGUUCAAAUUCAAUAUAUGUAAUAUGUUUCUUAUUGAUGAAUAAAUUAUUUAUGACUCAAGCGAGGUUUUCGCUCACAUGCUGGGUAGCAAAUUCACAGAUCUGUGUUUUAAGGGUUGAGUUUAAGGGCUUAGAAUUAAAACUACUUAAGGGCUUGCAGAGAUUCUGUAUACAUUGUAUCAAUUACUAGAAAUGUUUGUAAUAAUUUAAUUUAUGUACAUGCAGAUGUAUAGGUUUCAUGUUAAUUUGCCGCACUGAAAUGUGUUUCUGAGUUGUAGCUCUUAAGACACCCCUUUAAUUUUGUUCCUCCUCUGGAAGGAAAUGCUCUUCUGCAAAGUUUUCUGCUGCAGUGACUCAAGUCUUAUUUUUAGUGAGGCAUAAUAAAUGAUUAUUUUGAGGCUCUUCUGCUUUUACAGUACAAGU